GAUGCAGUUCAGUGUUGCAUAUACUUGAAAGGCUGUUUAAUUCAAUAGUUUUUCUACCUUAAAUAUACUUAGCUGAUUAACGUUCAUUGUGCAGCAUGCAUGGUGCAUCAAUUUGUGUGUCAACUAAUGGCAGCAACAUGUAUAUGAUGACUACUGAGAGCGGGUGCAAUCUCUACCUCUGACCUUCUGGUCAUGCAUGGCAAGAGUAUGCUUCUUCGGUGGCUGGGUAUAUCCUCAAGGUUCAGCUGCUAGAUGUAAAUCUAAGCAUUUCAGCAAAACUGACAUUCAGGCUAGGCUGUGCGGUGCAGGGUUUCCUGAGUAACAUGGUGCUUCCUUUAGCUAAUGCAUCAUACAUGAGUAGAGCGAACGUAACUCCUCCUUCUCUUUGUUCUAUUCCAGUGAAAGACAUAAUUCCACUUGGUGGUCCACCACGUCACAGGGCUGAUGAUAGAGGAAGAGCUCACCCAGUGCCACAGUGCUCAUUUCAGGAGACAAAUAAAAAGCAUGCACACACUCUGAAACCUUUAAACCCAAUCUUAAGAUGCACACGUCCUCAUAAAACCUCUGGGCUGGAAAGGAGGAAUAGAUCUGCUAUAGCUUUUCCUUCAGACUCCAAAAAGGUCUUUGCAGGAGUCCAGGAGAGUCUCUCCAAUUGCAAUGUACCAAUGAGAAAAGUACAAUUUAACAACAACAACAACAACAACAACAAGCACUUAAAUAAUGACGGAUCAUGCCAGGCUGCUGGUAAAAAAGAUGCUCCUUUACAAAGGCAGGGUUCAUAUAACAAACAGAAAGAAUUUGCCCUUGCUUUCUGUAAGCAGCUGAAUGAGAAUUUGAAGGUUGGAAGGCCUGUGGUGCAGAUAGGGAAUACUCAGCAUAAGAUGCAUCCUCUUCCCAUUUCCUCUUCUGUGCCUGAGAGCCACAAAGCGUCAGCUCCACCAAACCCUCAGAGAAGACAGAGUCUUGACAGUAGUGUGAAUCAGCAAAGCCAGCAGUCUGUUGAAAAGAUGGACAAGCCGAUCGGGGAUCACAGCUCACCUUCACUUAGCCAGGGAGAACACAUGCAUCACCAGGCAACUACACCAGCAAGUGGCAGAUCUCUGUCCCUGAAGAGACGAAGAGAAUCCAGUGCAGAAAGACAAGGGGAAGGCAAGAGAUUGUGUCAGGAAGAAGUUUUACUUACCCCAUCUUCUACUAGUGGCAGUUCUUCCCAUUUCAGCUCACCACCAAAGUUUAUCAAACGUGCCUUCUUGAAGACAUUUAAUGAGCCUGUGCUGACUCUAAAUGAGAAACGCUCCCCAGCAUUAAAUAAUCGUACUGGAGACAGGAUAAAGGCUUCAAACAAUGUAGCCAAACAGCUUUUUCAAGAACCAAGGACAGAAAGCCAUCAAAAAGAAGAGAUGAGAAGGUCUACUGAAAAUAAAUGUCUUAUAAGUAACACAGCCACUGCUGACCCUUGCCCCUCACUUUCCAGCAAACCAAACCAGAAACAGGGAGAAGGUGGUUCCCCUGUCUCCUCACACACAAGUUCUUUGCCUGGCAUUACAGAUAGCUUUGAGAUCAGCUGUCCUCUCCAACAACCAAAAGUUACUUCACCCAGCUCUCAGGACGUCAUGGGCUCACACGAUUCAAAGACCAUUACCAGAGCCAGGAAGGAUGUAGAGGAGAAGAGCGACCUGGUGUGGAAUGAUCCUCUAGAUUUGGACCUGGGCGAGGAUGUGGGGUUGGACAGCUGUGCUCUCAGCCUCAGCAGCAGCCAUAGUAGCAAGGAGGAUCAUCUGCUGUCUUUUCAGGAGAUCCUAGAGCGCAGCACCCGUGUGCCCGCCAGUCCAGAGAAGGCGACGUUCUCUGAGCCCAGCACUCCAGGCCUUAAAGUUGCUCCAGAGGAUCUUAAAAAUAAGACUACAAGUUACAAGAACACAUUGGAGCAAAUGCUGAAGGAGAAGGAGCAGAAUCGAAAAUCUAAGGAGCUUGAAAUGCAGCUGCUACAAGCUUGUAAAGAAGACUUGUUAAAACUGGAUGAAGAGGAUGAAAAUGCAGAAGAAGGACUUUCACAUGAGCAAAGGGAAUUCUUACAGAGAUUCUCAGUUACCUCAUGCGUCAUAAGAGACAUCCACCCUGGAGAGGAAGUGUUCACUCUCACCAACUCUGGCCGACUCUUCAACCAUCAGAGUCUGGACUUGAGGAAGAUGGGUGUUACCCCGAACAACAGAGCGCAGCAGACUCUGCUACAAGUGCAUUCAGAACAGCUUCUGCUGCUGCUGAGUGCAGGCUUGUUUAGAAGAGCCUACUCAUCCUCCCCCUGCCAGCCUCAGGUCACCCGCUGGCUUUUUCAGAUGAUGUCAGUCCACCCAAACCCCAUCAUCUGUGCACAGAUUCUUCAGGCCAUGACGACUAUUGCCUUAUCUGCUGCUCAACAGAUAGUGGAGAAAAGCAAUAAGAAGUUUGAGGUGUGGGUGCCCAGUAUACAGGAUGUUGCUCUAGUCUUCCUCAACAUGGGUGUGUCAUUUAUCAGUUUGUUUCCAUUGGAGGAUCUACAACCCCCUUUCACUGAGGGAGAUCUGCUCGAGAGUUUGGAAAUCCAGCCUGAUGGUACAAGAAGUGAGAAAGAAGGUGGCACAUUUCCAGAGCACAAUUUUGAGAACAUUAUCAAGUACCUGGCACUAUGUGCAGCCUUGUGUCCAAGGGUGUACAGUGAUGAGGAGCUGCUGUUGAUGUUAACAGUGGUGUGUAGGGUCAGUCUGGAGACACGUUUACAGCUGCUGCCCACUGGAGACCUCAGCUGCCUGCUACAGCACCUCCUCAACAACAUGACACACUGGGAAAUACAGUUGUCUCAGGUUUGCCAGGCCAUUACUAAUCUGAGUGAGGAUCACCACAACCUCAGACGGCUGGUACAGCUUCUACCUCACAGUGGCCGGGGAAAGCAAUUGAGGAGACAUGUGAGCGUGUCGAUCAUCUCUAAACUGUUAAACCACAGAUGCACUUAUACACCCUCAUGCACAGAAUUUCAGCUGUCUGAUCUGAGAUGUUAUCUACCUCGUAUGCGUCCCUCCUUGCUCUUAAAGGGCUUAAUGGCUGCAAAGACCACAGAGCCGCAGGAGACUGAUGACUGUGCCACCACUCCAGACCAACAGGCUUAUUACCUCUGCUACAGCCUUUUGGCUUUGACAAACGAAGCCUCCAAUUUUGAGUUUUUACCCUCAAAACAGAGAAACGAGCUGCUGCUACUGUCUGCUGAACUAGAGAAACACGUUAAAUGUGACAUCAGGGAGAGUGAGAAAAUGCUUUACAGGAGUAAGGUAAAAGACUUUGUUGCUAGAAUAUAUACCAAAUGGCAGGUGCUGCUCCAGAGAUCAAGACCCCAGGAGGGAAAGCUAUAUGAUUACUGGAAACCUCUUCCUGAGGAUGAAAUGCCCACAAAGAAAGAGAGCCAAUUCACUGAGCAGGGAGACACAGAGGAGUCACUGAGUGAGGAGUCUGACAUUGUCCAGUCAGAUGAGGAAGAGUGCAUGGAGGAGAAAGAUGAAGUAUCAAUGGAGAGUGAGGAAAAGCUAGAGGACAGUGUUGAAAAGAUUCGAGAGAAGAUUGAAGAGUUACAGGAGGUUUCGGCUGACAUAAAAGAGAAGCAAAGCUUGAUAAACCUGGAUGACAAAGAUGCAGAGGAGACGAAAGAUGAUAUGGCAAUAGAUGAAGAACUACUAGGAGGAAGUUCUGAAGGGUCAGUAGAGAGUGAUGAGGAGGAAGACCUCAUUAAAAGAGAAGAAGAGCUUCUUAAAGAUGAUGAGUCUCUAGAUAGAAAUGUAGAUCCUGCGGGGGGAGAAAAUGAUGAGCCUGAGGUACUAGAGCUUUUAGAGAAGCAUGCAGAUAUGUUAGAGAAAACAAAUGAGGAGUUACUCUUAGAUGAAUAGAGUCGCUUAUUGACAUCUGGACAUGGUUGCCCUGCUUUCCUGUAUCACCCAGACAUAACUAAUGUUACAUGAAAGGGCAGCAUCAUACAAAUGUAAGCCUCACACAGAGUUUAAGCUAUGCACUCCUAAGAAUUUGUGAAUGAGUGGAGAGCAGGUUUCCCCAUGUCACUCUUUAGGUAAUCUUAGGCUGUCCACAUAUAUGCUCUGUUGUAGUUGUCAAUACAACUGUACCAGGCAUUUACUUGCUUGGUUCAAGUCACUGUGCUACAGUAUGAAAGAACACUUAUUCUCUCCCAAAUUUUAUAAUAAGCAUGAUGCACUGUACUGCCUUAACAACCCUGUAGAGGGGGCUUUUUCCUUAUUCAGUCACUGCCACAGGGUUUCUCAUCUUUAAGCUGCUGAUAUCUUAGUAAUCUUUAUUUACGUUUUGCUUUUUUACAUUUUGCCAAGAUAUCUGAUGUGUCAGGGAACAGUGUGUGUAUGUACGUGUAUGUGUGUAUGUGUGUAUGUGUAUGUGUGUGUGUGUGUGUAUAUACUGUAUAUAUACUGUACACUAUAUCCCUGAAAAGAAAUAAGAAAGAGCAAAAUAAAUUCACCUUAAUAUGUUUCUGUGGCUGUUUACAACCACAGAACAUAGAUACACAGUUGGUGACAUACAUGAAGAUAAAUUUUAAAGCACUUUUUACAUCACAUUAAAAAUAUUUUUUUAAUGGCCCAAUAAUUUCUGUUUACAUGUUUGCAUUGUUCAUGGCUAAACAAUAUAUAAUUGAUGAGGCUAAUACUGGAUGGUAGAUACAACUACAGAAGCCAUUUUAUAUUUAGAAAUUUUACAUUUAUUAUAGUUAUUUUGUAUUAUAAAUUUCUUUAAUGUUCCACUUAAAAUCCGUAGUGCAGUGCUUUACUUUGAUUAAAUUCCCCAGGACUGCUUUAGCUGGAUGAAACUGUGGUCUCAAGAUUCUGUGAUUUUCCUGGGGAAAUUUUGUAUAAAUUUAUCUGCAAUCUUCAGCUUUAACUAGCAUGUAUAAAACUUGGCAUAGAAAGGACCAGAUUAAAUAUGUGUUGUUAUGUGUGUGUAAUAUACCAAUCUUAUUGCACUGGGUAAUUUGUAAAAUAAAGAUAAUUACAUUUUUGUAUUGA